CUCGAAGAUGAUGAUGACGGACGAUUCAUGCGAUUACGUCGCCGUAGAAGCGGAAUCGAACCCAGAAUCGCUCCAACAAUGGCUCUCCGCCGUACAAAACGGAAAGACGACGGCGGCGAACGGAAGAACACGACGGUCGGAUAUGGCGACGGAGGCGAAGAAGCAUCUCUCGUCUCUCGGCUGGCGUUUCGCUUACUUUCCUAGAAAGAAUAAGAAGCGAGAGCUCCGUUAUAAGUCUCCCGAGGGGAAGUGGUUUCAGUCUUUGGCUACGGCUUGCUCCAGCUGUCUCCACGCCUCGACACGUCAGCUUAUCGUUCCUCAAUCUCACUCUCCCCGAAAUCUCCUUGUAGCUUUCAUCGAAACCCUUCCUGAUAACAACAAUGUAUCAAAGAAGAGAAAGAGGAACGGUUGUGAAACGACGGCGUUUAGUAUGAGCAAAGCGCUUAUCAAUGUUGAUGUGUCGAAGAAGAGGAAGAGAGUAACUAAUGGUGAAACGGCUGCGUUUAAUGGGACUAAAGCCCUUGUGUUGAAGAAGAGGAAGCUAGUGAGUGAUUGUCAAACGACUGCGUUUAAUGGAGUAGCUCUUAACAAAGAGAAGUCUGAUGUGAACAAAGUCAUUCUCAACGUUGGUGUGUCCAAGAAGAGGAAGAGAGUGAAUGAGUGUGAAACGGCUGCGUUUAAUAGCGAAGGCAAGGGUGAGAUAAGGCCAAGGUUUGAGAAGUCGUUGAGGAAGGUCUUACAAGUGAUGGAGAAGAAGAACAAAAAGUGCGAGAAAGAGUCUGUAAAGUUCUGGAGGAAAGACUGUGGUCCGGAGAAGAACUGUGACGUGUGCUGUGUUUGUCAUUUUGGUGGAGACUUGCUUCUAUGCGACGGUUGUCCAUCAGCGUUUCAUCACACCUGCGUUGGAUUAGCGAAUCUCCCCGAGGAAGAGCUCUGGUUCUGUCCCUGUUGCUGCUGCGACAUCUGUGGAUCGAUGGUGACGUCAGGAAACAGCAAGCUGAUGAGUUGUGAGCAGUGCCAAAGAAGGUUCCAUCUGAAGUGUUUGAAACAAGAGUCCUGUCUUGUUUCCGUUAGAGGAUGGUUCUGUAGUAAGCAGUGCAGCAGAGUCUUCUCCGCGCUUCAGAGUCUGUUAGGACGUAGGAUUACGGUAGGGGAAGAGGGUUUGGUUUGGAGUUUGACUAGAGCUCCUAACGACGAUGAACACUACGGUGAUGAACAGAUGUCCAAGCUAGACUCUGCUGUUGAGAUACUUCACCAAGGGUUUGAGCCUUCGACGGAUCCUUUCUCUGGGAGAGACCUUGUCGAGGAGCUGAUAUACAGGAAAGACGCAGACGGGGUGGGUCGUGGGUUUUACACGGUUCUGAUCGAGAGGAACAACGAGCCUGUGACUGUGGCAACAGUGAGAGUUGACAAAGAUGUAGCUGAGGUCCCUUUGGUGGCGACGUUGUCUAGUUACAGGAGGAGUGGGAUGUGUAGAGUGCUUAUGGACGAGUUGGAGAAGCAGAUGUAUGGAAUGGGAGUUCGUAGAUUAGUCUUGCCUGCUGCUAAAGACGUUGUGAGUACUUGGUCUCAUGGGUUUGGGUUCAAGGUGAUGGAGAGUUGGGAGAGGUUGGAGUUUGUGAAACAUGGGAUGCUUGAUUUCGUUGGUACUGUGAUGUGCCAUAAGUUUCUGAGGGGAAGGGAAGUGUCAGGAGAGUCGAGCCUAACGGAAUAGGAGUUGUGUCAGAACCUGAUAAUACAAUUUUUGGUCAUGUAAAGAUUGAAUCUACUCUUUUGACGUGGGAUAACAAAGCAUAUAUAACUUUUGUGUAUAUCUUUUGUCUUUAACUAGACUUGUGUCUUAGCAAUAUAAGAAGCAUUUUCUAAAGAGUAUUAUUGGCUCAAUCAGAGGGUAACAAAUUUAAAUCUGAAAUGCUUGAAAUGAUUUUUUGUUUU